AUGGGAAAUUAUGUUUCUUGCUGCUUUCCUCAAUCCUUGGGAGCUCAAACUGCAAAGCUCUUUGAUGCUCACGGUAACCUACAACAAAUCAAGCUCCCUGUAAAAGCUGCCGAGCUCAUGCUGGAACAACCCGGCCACGCCGUUGCUCCGGUGGAAGAGCUACGGCAAACUCGGCGCAUAUCGGCCAUGAAGGCCGACGACGAGCUGUCGGCAGGAAAGGUUUACCUUCUGGUGCCCACGGGUAAAGUUCACUGUAAGGUUUCUGAGUUGGAGAUGGCAAUAAUAGAGUUGACUUGUAAGAAAAGAGCAAGCAUGUUGAAGCCAAGUGGUUCCAAGGUUUCACCGGCUACGUCCGCGGCGGAGCCGACAGAGGCGGGAGAAGAUGAUGUUAAGGCUUUUGGAGGGGAUCAGGCUGCUGGACUUCCCGGCCACCAGUUUUGGAACAAUAAGCGGUGGAGUCCUGUUUUGGAGCCCAUUUCUGAGGCCUUAUGA